CUCCUCUUUACAGUCUCUUGACUCUCCGGCCCUAGCUAACUAGCUAUGAUGAUAUUUAUUAUUUUCACCAUCCUAAUCUCUUCAAGCCUGAGCCCUGUUUCAAGUAAAUCAGCACCCACCUCCCCCCAAAAUCCUAUCAAGGAAAAUCCCCACCUACCAAAACAAAACAACAAACAGAAGCCACCUCUACAAAGUGAUGAUUUGAACUUAAGCUCAUCUUUGUCCCCUCCCCAGAGUGAAGCAAGUGCGCCGGUCGAUUCCAACCUCGAUCUUCAUCCUUCCUAUCUCUCAUCGGCGGGCACUUUUUCACUUCCACCGGGUGAUCAGAAUGAAGUUACGGCCUUUUCUAGCCACGUAGCUCAGGGAGAAGACGACAGCAGCAGCGUCGUUGAUCCGGCGAGUAAGCCCCCACCACCGACGGCUACAAAGUCCACACGUCGAACCUCGUCGUUAUCUUCUCGAGAGACGGAUACCUCUGAACAGGGCAAUCCUCCCCUCAACUCUGUACGACCUCAUCCGUCGUUCUCUUCUCCUCAAGGACGACGCAACAUGCCGUCCAAGCAUCGAAAGGGAAAGGAGCCGAUGGGCAUUCAGUCUUCUACUAGUCGUCAGCUAACAAAUCCAUCUCCGGUUCCGGUGGGGACACCAUCCUCACCGCUUAAUCCGUAUACUAAGAUUACCACGACUGGUGGUACGUCUUCGUGCUCGAUUCAACCUCACCAAUCUCCACAUCCGUCCUUCUCUUCUCCUCAAGGACGACACAAACAUCGAAAGGGGAAGGAGCCCAUCUGCGCACAUUCUUCUACUAGUCGUCAGCUAACAACUCCAUCUCCCGUGAGGACAUCUCAACAACCUCAACACUCUCCUGCACAUCCGCUUAUUCAGGGCCAUCGAAUCCGACACCAAACUCGAGCCUCACUUCUGCCUCUUACUGCUUUCACUGAUGGCAGCCGUGAUCCGAAUGAUACUCACAGGAUCGAUGAUCUAAGUAAAUGCAUUUUAAACUAUUUUUUAAUGGCAGGCUUGAGCACCACAGGCGCGUGGGCUCAACAACCGGCGCUUAGUACAAGCAUAUACGUGCAGUGUGUCUUGAAUCAAUUAGCUAUCUCCACUCUUCUACUUGCACACAUCGUUGUUCUCGACAAAAACCAAGAAAUGGCUCUCAUCAUGGUCCGUCUCUCCUUUGCUCUUGUCCUGACCUCAGGCUACCUGUCUGCCAUGCCAAUGCUAGCUCCAUACCUGGCUAUUAUUAUGCUCAUCGUUGUUGCUAUAGCCUGCUUAAUUGCUCAUGUUUUUAGCGACUAGCAACUUUACUUUCUUCCCCCGUUUUUAUUUGCUUUUUAGUUUUGUUUACACCUGUCUGUUUUUUCUUUUUUCUUUUUUUUUUAAUUAUAUGAUUAUAUAUGUGAUAUCACCUGAAGGUGAUAUAUUUCGUCAAGAUCGUGGUACC